GGGUGCGACGCGCCACGUCUGUGCGCCUGGCGGGCCACGUGUCGGUGUUGGUGACCGGCGCCGGAGAGAGAUCCGCUCGCCCGUCUUCCUCCCCUGCUCUGCUCCGUCUCCGUCUCCCUUCCCCUUGCUUGCCCCAGUCGAGAGUCUCCUCCGCUGGCGGGGCAUCGGGUCCUUCCUACCCAAGCCGCUUGCGUGGUAAGGAAAUACCCGGCCGGGGAAACUGACGGUUUCUUCCCACGCGCGUCCCCUCCUGAUCCCCUUCUCCCCCCGUCGCGAUGGCGGCGCCGCCUUCCACCUCCUCGCCGUCCGGGGAGGUCCCCGUGGAGAGAUCGCCGACUGACCUGACCGGCGGCGACGGCCAGGCAGCGCCCUCGAGGGCCGAAUUGCUUAGCAUGGUGAAGAAGCAUUCACAUCUGAUCGGGUGGACUGUCGUCGAGGCCGAAGACGAUCCAUCGGACGUCGAGAUGGACGACAAAUUCUGGCAUGAGAUGCUUGACCUUUUCUUCGUGCGUGGUAGGGUCUCAAGGAGCAGGGAGGAGGACGACCUCGUCUUCUUUGUCAAUAGCUCGAUGCAGAAAAUGGAAGAUCUGCCUCCCUUUUUCGUGCGCAGAUGGGCUCCUACGCUUGAAAAGCUCAUCAAUGCUAAUUCAACUGAGGUUGAUUGGGAACGUUCGUUCUAUUUGAAUUUAGUCGCUCACACGUCAUAUACCGUCACAGUGGCAUUGUGCAGUAUCAGCAAUCUUCGCAAUCGUGCAGACAAAAGCAAGCGGUUGCCUCCAAUUUAUAAGGUUUCGAAAACUGUAUAUGCAUCCCCUAGCCGUGUUAAUUUCCGCCUUGAUCAAAGAAAGGCUGUAGAAACAGUACCUGCAUAUCCCAACAUUUAUUUCUCAGUUGAUGACUUCGAUGAUCCUUUUGAUGCUGUGGUUUUGUCAGACCCAGAACACUGCUAUUGUGUGAUUCUCAAUGCGCAUGAUGGGGCAGCAUUUCCUGAAGAACCUGAAUCAAGCAACGUCAGUUCAAAUAUUAAAUCUGGGUUCAACUCUGGGAGCAAUGGAGAGAGCCCACCAAAGAGAACUCUCUUCUCAGGCUACGUCAGCUAUCAAAAUGUCCGGGAAGCUUAUGAUGCUGGCAGAUCCAAAUUCGGGAGCUUUCUCUCACUUGGGCAGGACAAUACUAAACUCGAUAAACUUUUCAUGAGGGGCCCUGAAGGACGUGGGGAAGUUGAAGUUGCUGUUUCUGGGAUCGCAGAUCAGAGCCGUGAGAGACCGAAGAAAGACUCGGGAGAUAACUUCCGGGUUCUUGUUCGUAAGGCGGCUUCUGCUGCAUCAAAGCUAGCAGAGCAUGCCUUCGAGGCUGCAUCUGCCAACAAACGGUUGGAUGAUAAGCUUCUUCCGCUCAAGUGUUGUCUGAUGUCAGUAUCUCUUCCUUGGGACUUCAUUGCCCAUGACUUAUUGCACAAGGAAACGCCACCUCUGGACUUCUGAGGCUGCAGUUCCACCGUGACCGUGAAGGGUUGUUCAUGGAAUUCCUACGCAUGCAACCAGGAAACCUGCGCUGUUGUAGAGAUUGCGCAGAAGUUUGUGGUUGGAUGUGUUGCGGACUUCAGUAAAUGGGGUGCGAGGAAGACGAGGGAUGGAGCUACCCAGGAAAUUUGGGGUAUACGACGUGCGUUGUGUACUUUGUUAGAUCAAAACUUGGUAGUGUUUGAGCCCGUCUCUGUGCUGCAGACUACUCCGUAGAUGACUAGGGCAUGUAAAUAUCCAGUGCUCCUCUUUCUGUGGGAAAAUUUCGUCGUCGUCAUGUCUUGCGCCGUCGAGCGAGCAAACCUGCUGCACGUACGGUCUCUGUGGCCUGUAGGGUGGAGAAGACGUGCCCGGCAGUUGCUCGGACCUGUGGUGACUGGAACAGGGAAGCUGGCCCUUUGCUCCCUUUUAGCUCACACUGUCUUUAUGCUAAAUUUUAUUUUUCAGUGAAAACCGGACAGAGUUUUGCUUCUCUCUUUUUUUAUGAUGGUGGGAACCAAUACAGUACACAGUACAAGUUUUACAAAGUAACUAAAAAAACAAGUUGUACUC